CGGAAAACUUUGCCUUAAAAUAAAGUAAAUUUUUAAUAGAAAAAUAAUUCUAUCUCACAAACAGUGCGGAAUUAGAAGUCGGUGCAGAAGAAAAAAGUAUUUAGAACAAACCUUUAAGCAAGGUAGCAUCGACAAUUGAUGGCGGCCUGAUAGGUGACUUGGCCGGCGACCGCCUGCCUGGCCACCGGUCAAGAUGGCGGCGAUGGUGAUUCGAAGUAAACAGACGGCGAGGUGGCGCCGGCGGGCUCCUGCCUGCCCGCCUAUCGACGGCGUCCAGCGGAGUGAAGCUUCUGGAAUUUUGUGGCGGCGGCGAGAUUUGGAACCAGCGGUGAAGAAGAGCGUCGGCGGGCUGACAGGCGACCGCCUGCCUGUCCGCCUAUCGACGGCGACCUGGAAUCCGACAGCUUUUGGAAAAAUCUUCAGCGGCGUCAGCGGGUUGGCCGGCGGCCGCCGGUCGGUCCUCCUCCUCGAUAAAUUUGGUUAUGAUGAUUGGAAGAUCAUGAUGGAAGCACACCUUUACGCCCUACAUGAUUGCAUGUGGAUGGUGCUUGAGGAUGGACCCUUGAAAAUCCAAAUGGAGAACCCUGAGAGGAAUCCAGCCAAUCUUGGUGUUGUUCAGUACAUUCCAAAGCCCAAGGAGAAAUGGGAUGAUAGAGAUUGCAAGAAGCACAAUCUGGACAACGUCGCCAAAGCAGCCAUCUUCAAGACACUUGAUCUCAUCACCUUCUCCAAGAUCAAGCAUCUCAAGACUGCCAUGGAGAUUUGACAAGGUCUUGGGAAGCUGUGUGAGGGAU